CAAUGCUAUCACAAGGCUGAGCUUUGUUGUCAAUCACCUUUCAACUUCCUCAAAAUCUAUUUAUGCAAGGCUUAAUCAAAUAAUUUUUUUUAACGAUUGGGACGCGUCGCGACCGACAUACUAUCUUCUUCGUCUUUUCUGCGGACCCAUAUCCCCACGUAGAAACUACACAAACAUUCUCAUCCGAUCGCGACUCGACCGCAAACCAUGGCAUCCACAUGGGAUCUCUUGGAUCCUGAGGAAGAGGCUGAGCUUCAUAAGACUCGCCUCCUCAACGUGGAGGAGAAGCCUUUCAAGCGUCUCACCAAACGAAUCAAUACCAUAUCACAGCUCUUACUACCAUUCAAUCCUGCCAUAAAUGGAGCCAAUACGUCUGAAGAUAUCAGGUCCAAACUCAAGCAGCUCAAGGAGGACAUGAACCUUGACUUCGAUGCUUUUGGCAGCAGUAUCACGCGCAUGCAGUUCCUCCACAACGCAAAUUCCCAAGAACGUGAGCGCUACAGAGUCGACCAAGAUCGUAUCCUCGCCGAUUGCCAAUCAGUACGACAAAACAAUAUCCAACUUCGAGAGCAGCUCGAGGCCGCACAAGCCACCCUCGCACAGCGCAAACAGUUCGAUGAGCUAGCGGAAAAAAUCACAUCGAACCGCCUUCUUCGACCACGGGAAGACCAAAUUGCCAACCUCGCUAAACUCGAGGAAGAGUGUCGAGAGCUAGAGCGAGAGAGCGAAACCUACAGCGAAACCUGGAGAGAACGGCGAGAACAAUUCAAUAGAAUCAUGGAAGAAGGGAUGCUCUUGCGGCGACAGAUUAGAGAUGAAAAGGAGGAGGUCGAUCGUCGAGAGGGUAUGAAUGAGGAUGCUGAGGAUGAUGCCGAAGUGGACAAGGUCGGCCAGACACCCAGAAACGAACCGAGCGGUAACGCGACACCUCAUCCCGACGGGGAUAGCCAGAUGAAGGCAGAUGGGGACGCAGGUACACCAAACCCAGAAGCUCUCAAUGGAGGAACAACACCAAUGAGGGAUACACCAGCUCCAGACACGCUCAAGCCACCUUCUGGCCAUACUGAGUCUCAAAGCCGGGGAGAUAGUCAGGCCCCCAGUCGGGAUGUUUCGCCUAUGCCACCACACGACGAGCGUAAGGCAGAAUCGGGAGAGGAUGUUGACAUGGAGGAGCCUGAGUUCAGUCGAGCCCAUGAUGACGGAGGAAUGACACCCCAGGUGACAGUUGAGCCACCUGAAAAUAAUGAUGAUAAGAUGGAAGUAGACAAUUAGGGCUUCCCACUUGGCUGUUUGUACUAUCGACUAUGUCUUAAGAUACCCUCAUAAAUGAAGGUCCAGAAGCGUUUCCGUUUUUUUUUAUCAAGUGUCUUCUAAGUGGUAUCGUAAAGUAUCCUUCCCUUGUCCUGUUUUAUGAUUCGAUUAAGCAUCGGCUUGGGUAGCUUUGGCUUUUACCAGCGCCUCCUUGGCCUGCACCACCUGGUC